AUGAUGCCUGCAACUUCGUCGACAGCGGCAUCAUCUACGCCUACUGCGGGCACUGCGUCCCCUUCGGUGCCAACCUCUGCCUCAGUAUCUACGGCAACACCAGCGGCUGCGUCAGCCAUGUCGUUGGCCCAGCCACUCCCCGGCGCCUUGGACGCUCUCUCGUCUGGCGCACCAACCACAUCGUUCGCAUCGACACCUACAGCUCACGGACCUAUCGGUGCAAUGGCUGCGGUGCGUCCAGAGUUGGGCGAGGUUGCCGCUGUAGCUGCUGCCGCGGCAACGGCCAGUCGCAUGAAUGGACGGCUUAGUCGUCGCGAUGACCGCAAAAAGAAUGCGCACUCUAAAAUGCUUCCAGGUGAAGCUGUUGACCCAACCAUGUCGCGAGGUAACGUUGGUUCGAUGGCUAGCCAUGGAGGGGGUGGCGGCGGUGCAUCCGGCACCCAUGGUGGGCCGCGACGCUCGGACAUGGAUCUUUCGGCUAUGCAGCUGCACGACUUGCAAGGCGAAAUCCCACAGCUUUGUCGUGACCAGUUUGGAUGUCGAUUCCUACAAAAGAAAUUGGACGAGGGAAUUCCAUCACAGUGUGAUCAGAUUUUUGCUGAGACAUUUCCUUACUUCGCAGAGCUGAUGACUGAUCCGUUCGGCAAUUAUUUGUGUCAGAAGCUGCUCGAGUAUUGCACUGACGCCCAGCGCGACAGAUCGUCGAAGCUAUUGCAGGCGAUCUUGUGA